CCUCACCGGCUGCACGUGCGACCACAACAAACAACAACAACAACCGGAAACAAACUAUUUACCAGCUGACUCAGCAAACACACUUCCUGUCAGUCUGAACCCGAACUGACCCGAACUGACCCGAGCUGACCCGAGCCGAGCCGAGCCGAGCCUCCAGCCUUGGCUUCCUCUGAGCAGCCCGGACACAGAGCCUCUGCGCCGGGCUCACUGACCGGCUCAGCCCCGGUGCAGCUGCCCGGUGCUCCUUCCUCCACCUGCACCUCCUCCUCCUCCUCCACCUGCACCUCCUCCACCUCCUCCUCCUCCUGCAGACUGAUGGCAGCCACCCAGACGGAGCUGCUCCUCUCCUCCCUGCAGAUCUCGGAGCCUUGGCCGGCCUCCCUGCUCCUCUCUCCCCGCUGGAGGAGCUGCAGAUGCUGCUGCAGAGCGCCGCCGCCGGAGGCUCGUUCCUGCCCGGGUCUGCAGCCGAGGGAGAGCCGGGGGAGUACGGAGACUGUCUGCUGGACCUGCAGGCCUUCGCCCCCCCCGCCGCCCCCCCGCCUGCCCCCCCUCAGCUACAGCGGCCGUUUCAGCUUCGAGCCGUCAGCGUCUCUGUGGCCGGAGCCGUUCCUCAGCCUCUUCAGCGGGUUGGUCGGCGUGGCGGCCCCCCCCCCCUUGCUGCCCCCCCCCACCUCCUGCAGCCUAUCGGCCUCAGCGCCCCCCGUGACAUCAUCGGGGGUGACAUCAUCAUCAUCAUCGGCGGCGGCGAGCUUCAGCGUCUCCUGUGACGUCGGCUCCACGUUCGGCGGCUGCGAGCUCCUCCCCCCCCCCUCCGACCCUCAGGGCCCCCCACCCGCCUACCCGAGCCCGCCCCCCCCUCGCCACCAGCUGCCCAUGCUCCCGGACUUCCUGCCCCCCCCCCAGGACGGCGAGCUGAGCCUGAGCGUGGAUCAGAAGCCCCCCCCGCUCACGCCUCUGUCCACCAUCAAAGCGUUCUCCUGUCAGCUGCAGCCCCCCCCCUCCGCUCCCCCCGCCCCCCCCUACCGACCCGGCCGCAGCAGGAAGUCCCCCGCCGGGCCCCGCCAGUGUAAGACGCCGGCUCACGAGCGGGCGUACGGUUGCCCGGCCGACGGCUGCGAGCGGCGUUUCUCCCGCUCGGACGAGCUGACGCGUCACGUGCGCGUUCACACGGGACAGAAACCGUUCCAGUGUCGGAUCUGCAUGAGAAGCUUCAGCCGCAGCGAUCACCUGACCACGCACAUCCGCACGCACACCGGGGAGAAACCCUUCGCCUGCAGCGAGUGCGGCAGGAAGUUCGCCCGCAGCGACGAGAGGAAGCGACACGCUAAGAUCCACCAGAGGCAGCGAGACAGGAAGUGCUCCUCCAACCCCAAACCCACCCCUCCCCCCCCCUCCUGCUGCUUCACCCCCCCCUGCUGAGCCCCGCCAUGACCUUUGACCUUUGACCUCAGACUGAACUUUGGGACUUUCAGGUCAAAGGUCACCGCAGCGUUUAAAUAAUGUUCAAUAUGAACGAGUCUCACCUGCUGUGUAGGUCCGUCUGCUUUUAUACUCAAUAUAUAAAUAUAUAUAUUAUCUAUAUGUUUUAUAUAGAGAUCAUAUAUUAAUAUUAAUACUUAUAUUAAUAUAUAGAUUAUAUAUUAAUAUACUUAUAUAAUAUGAAUAUAUGAUCUCUAUAUAUUCAUAGAGGUGAUGUCAUGAUUCCUCUUUAUCACACAAAGA